UUUUGGUUGCGUAGGUCCCUUAUUACAAGAUAUCCUAUGCCUUUUCUGUUGUUUACAUUAAUGUUGUAAUCACACGAAGGCUACAUCUCCUCUUACAUGGUUACUAUGUCAUCUACAUCUCAACCUUCUAAUCGAAUCAUAGCCAUAAUCCACAGGCCAUAAAUAUCAAUCUAAUUUUCCCUACCAAAUCACUUCCAACACACAAUGGCUGCAGUGUUCUUGGUUUUGGCUUUAGCUAGUCUUACCAACCCUCUAGCCAUAAUCAAUGCCCAAACACCAACAGGUACAGGUAACCCCUCCAAAUUUCAACCUUCAACAUUGCCAAACACAACUCCAUCUGCACCAUCAGUAGCCAAACAACAAGAAGCAUCUUCUCCCACUUCAACUAGCAAGCCAACACCAGCAACCACAUCUUCACCCUCCAAAUUGCCAAUUGCAGCUUCCCCCGCUUCUGCUACAAAGCCUCCCAUUGUCAUAGCAACCCCUCUUCCCUCAAGGAAACCACCAGUAGCAACCUCUCCCACUUCUAGUAAAUCACCAGUUCCCAAGGUUUCAUCUCCAACAUCAUCUGCACCGGUUAAAUCACCACUUCCUAAGGUUUCAUCUCCAAAAUCAUCUGUUCCUGUGAUAUCACCAGUUCCCAAAGCUACAUCUCCAACAUCUGCUCCUGUGAAAUCACCACUUCCAAAAGCUACAUCUCCAUCGUCUGCUCCUGUGAAAUUACCAGAUCCCAAGCCUUUACCACCAAUAUCCUCUCCAGUGAAGCAACCAGUUCCCAAAACAACACCUCCAAAGAUAGCUCCUUGGAAACCACCCGUUCCAAAAACAACACCCCCAAAAAUAGCACCAGUGAAAUCACCUGUUCCAAAGAUUACACCAGCAUCAAGUCCGAAACCCCCAUCCCCCAAAAUCCCACCACCAAAACCGCCCAAAAAAGCCCCUAUUUCGCCACCACCACUGCCAUUACUGCCUACCCCAAAAGUAUCCCCAACUCCGGCCGAAGCACCAACAGAAAAGGCACCAGCACCUGCACACAAAAAGAAAGCGCCAAAACCAUCACCUGUUCCUUCACCACUAAGUAACACGCCAACACCUGCACCAACGCCUUCGAUUGAAACACCAACCCCAGCAGCAGCACCCCAAGAUGACAUCCCAGAACCUCCUCCUCACAGGCACAGCAGAAGAAGACACAAACACAAGACACAUCACUCGCAAUCUCUGGCUCCAGCACCAACCAUUAUUCGGAGGAGUCCCCCAGCACCACUUGUUCAAGAUAUUACCACAACCCAGCCAGAAGAGACGCCUGCACCAGCACCAAAUCCCAAAGCGAAUGGUGCGCAAGCAUACAAUAGGCAAGGGAACACAUGGCCAAGUGUUGGAGUCGUCAUUGCCAUUUUGUUAUCUGUCAUCACAUGACACUUUCAAAGUUUCAUAUGAAGAACAUGGAUUAAUGGUGUGGUUUGCAGAACAUAUAGAAUCACUUAAAUGUAUGAAACUGAAUAAAGAAUUAUUAUGCCCGUUUUUUUUUUUACAUUGUUCUUUCUGUGUUUAAAUGUAUUCUUUGCUAAGAUGCAUAAAUA